AGAUAGAAAUUUAAGUAAACAUAUGAACUGUAUGUAUACGUAUCUUUAAGACUAUACAGUGCAUCAAAGUAUGUCGUAAGAUGAUCUCACCUUUUAAAAAUGUAUAUACUAUUAUUUCCUUGGUUCUUGGGUCAGCAGAUGGUAGUUUUCCUAUCAUUUCUCUUGGACCAGAAAUUGGUACUUUUAGUGCUAAUUGAAGAACUUAAAAAGCUUGAAAUUGUACUGUGGCGAAUUAGGUGGCUAUACAAGUGUAAUCAGGUGGAUGUGUGUGGGGGGGGACUGGGGCAUGUAUUGAUUAACUUAUAUAAAUGUGUUUUAGAGGCACUGGCUAUUAAAACUUGAAGAGGUUUCAGAGACCAUCUGGUCCAGCUGCCUCUAGUCCAGCCACCUCUGUUCCCAGAGAAAAGCAGACCCAAGGAGCAGAAGUGACUUUCUCUGGCUUAGGUGGCUUUCUGGGGCUUGUGGUGUAGAACAGACCUCCUGAACUCCAGGACCAGGCAUUCUCAGUCUUUACUGCUGAGGUUUGGGGAGACUGAACCUGAUUUCUGACUGGGUCCCGCAUUGUUUGUGUCCCUUUUGUAUGGCUCUCACCUCUGGCAUUCUCUACGUGGAUGAGUAUGACACUGUCCCUACCUCACGGAGAGCUCAGGGUGGUUAGAAGAACGAAUCAGACAAUGGGAGUGAAAGCACAUUCUAAGGUGCAAUAGGAAUGGUCGUUGCCGUUAGCUUAUGUGAUGCUAAUGCAUAAGCCGACAUUGGCAUUGGCAUUAGCUUAUGAGUCGUACAGGACAUUUAAUAGCAUUCUCCCUCCUGCAGAAACUGAGAUUAAUUCUAUUUGGUCCUUGAAAGCGAACUUUGUAUAAGUAGAGUUAUUAAAAUAAUGAUGCCCCCAUCCCAAUAGGCUACUGUUUUUAUUGAUUCAAACAUUUGUAAAGUGGUUGAAUUUUUAUAAUUUCUUUCAUUUUUGCAGAAAAUCAAUACUAAGUCAACUAUUUCUCUUAUAUUUAUGAGCUAUUUCAGAAUUAUGUGAAGAGAUCUUUGACUUGAUCAUUUCAUUCACAAUUUGAAUUUUCAAGAUGAAUUAUACUGAGGCCAGCCCACUGGCAGAAUCAGCUUCAAUAGGUUUUACACCUGUGCCUUCCAAUGAGACCACUUGUGAAAACUGGAGAGAGAUACAUCAUCUAGUUUUUCAUGUAGCAAAUAUUUUUUUUGCAGUUGGGUUGGUUGUUCCAACUACUUUUCACCUCCAUAUGAUACUUCUUAGGGGGCUGUUAGCUGUAGGAUGCUCCCUUUACAUCAUGUGGGCCACUCUCUACCGAUGUGCCUUGGAUAUCGUGAUCUGGAACUCUGUGUUCCUCGGUGUCAACCUUUUGCAUCUUUCAUAUCUUUUGUACAAGAAAAGACCGGUCAAGAUCGAAAAGGAACUCCAUGGCAUCUACCGGCGAUUGUUUGAACCACUCCGCGUGCCUCCAGAUUUGUUCAGAAGAUUAACUGGGCAGUUUUGUAUGAUCCAAACCUUGACAAAGGGCCAGACUUACGCUUCAGAGGAUAAAACCUCCGUCGAUGACCGUCUGAGCAUUCUCCUGAAGGGAAAAAUGAAGGUCUCGUAUCGAGGACAUUUUCUGCAUAACAUUUACCCCUGUGCCUUUAUAGAUUCUCCUGAGUUUAGAUCAACUCAGAUGCACAAAGGUGAAAAAUUCCAGGUCACCAUUGUUGCAGACGAUAACUGUAGAUUCUUAUGCUGGUCAAGAGAAAGAUUAACUUACUUUCUGGAAUCCGAACCUUUCCUUUAUGAAAUAUUUAGGUAUCUUAUAGGAAAAGACAUUACAAAUAAGCUCUACUCGUUGAAUGACCCCACCUUAAAUGAUAAAAAGGCCAAAAAGUUGGAACACCAGCUCAGCCUCUGCACACAGAUCUCCAUGCUGGAGAUGAGGAACAGCAUAGCCAGCACCAGCGACAGCGAAGACGGCCUUCACCAGUUCCUCCGGGGCACCCCCAGCACGUCCUCUCUCCAUGUGUCGUCCCCGCACCAGCGAGCCUCGGCCAAAAUGAAGCCAAUAGAAGAAGGGGCAGAAGACGAUGAGGUUUUCGAACCUGUGUCUCCAAAAGCAUUUCAAGUCCAUCAGUUGCCUUGAGUGGAGAGAAGAGUCGUUACCAAGACGAAAGUUGUCUUGAAGACACCCUGAGAAAUACCAGCACUUUUUCACCGCUCUUAGAUUAUUCUGCUCUAGGGCAUCCAGACGGGUGCGGUCUGAGGGCAGGAAAGUGAGGGGGAGCCAAAAAUGGGAAGGUUAUUAGCGCUCCUUUUUAUUGGUCAGCUUUUUAAGUGGUUGUUUUCCUGAGCCUUCUGACUAAACUUAGCUCUAUUUUGAGAUACAUAUUUUCACAGUAUUUUCUAGAUACACUGUCAUUGCAACUUUAAAAAA